AUGGAUGUGAGCGCUUUCAUCAAUGUUUGCAGUGAAUUCAGAUCAAUCGUUGAAUUAGAAUUCAAAGCACAAAAGUGUUUAGAGCUUGACAUGAAUUCAGUGAUGUUAACUUUGGCUCGUUUGACAAAUAUCACAAAGCAGCCACAAAGCAAAUUUCUGACUCUUGAAAAGAUCCUGGCACAUUAA